UAUCCACUGAAACCACUUCGUUCCGCGCGCUAUUGAGGCAGAGAAGCGGAACUAAGAGGAUAGUUAGCAAAACUGACUUCACUGUAGUGGAGAUUGUUGCUAAUUUAUCUUACAGAAGGCUGUAAGCAGGGAAGAAAUUCAAGUAAUAUAAAGAAGAGAUGGAAGUGAUUCGAUCUCAGAGGAGAUCGGCACCCAACGAUGUCGUUUCAACCCUCCCGCUCUAUCGGUCUGCUCCUCCGCUCGAGGUCCGCCUCGAAGAUUUCGAGUCCUUCGCCAUGGAUCGCCUCCGAGUUCUUAAAGGGAUCUCGGAUGGAUUAUCUCGGGGAAAGAAGCCCGAAGGAAUGGAAAAAUUGGUAAGUGAAAUGUGGAAAGCGAACAUGAGACAUCCACAGGCAUCCGAGGUUGUUAACAAGGAUAUAAUCUCCCACUUUGUUCUGCGUCUUGUAUAUUGCAGAACCGAGGAGUUGAGAAGAUGGUUUCUCACCAUGGAGACUGCCCUUUUUCGCUACCGUUUUCGGCUUGAAAACCUUGAAGCUCAGAAGGCAUUAUUGGCUGAGUUUAACCUCCCAUACAAAUCAGUUAGCAGUGCAGAAUUUGAGAGUGUAAAGGAUGAGUUGGGGCAAGUUGCACGCUCUAUUAGUCAGCCUUUACCAACAGCUGAUGCUAUAUUCUAUAAGGUUCCAUUUGAAGAAGUUCCAGAACUUGUAGCUGCUCGGAGAGUAUUUGUACAGAAAGGGCAUGCCUUUGUUGCCAUGAAUCAGGUGGUUUCCCUUGUUGUCACACAAUUCCGCAGUCUUAUAUCCAAGGCACUUCUUCUAACCAACAGAAAAUGGAUGUCUGCCAUUCGGGAACAAGAGAAAGACCGAUUGACACCUAUUGUGGAAGCCUUGUCUACAAGCUAUCUUGGACCUGACUAUUCUCAGCCAAAAGAGUUCACAGAAAUAUCAAUUAAGGACAUUGAUCAAGUAGCCAAGAUCUUUGAUGCUUGCAAAUUGCCUGUUGGUGCUGAGAGAUUUGACAAGGAGUAUACAUAUAGCAUACGCCACAAUUAUGGACGGGAAGGGAAGAGAACAGAUUACACACCUUAUUCUUGUUCAAAGAUCAUUUCAUUUACGCCUGGUGUCGGAGAUCAUCAUGGCUGCCCUUAUCGACAUUUCAGUGAGGAAAAUUUAAGGGCUGCCCUUGGUAGAAUGGGAGUAGGUGGCCGUGCAGUGGAGGAUGUAAUGGACAAGGUUCGGAAUAGACAUUAUCAGUUGGCGUGCACCUUGACAUUUGAAGCUGUUUAUGGCUCAUCAUGUGAUGCUGGCAUUAACCAUCCAAACCAAUACUUCCUUGAGAGUAGAAAGAUCCUGGAACAGAAGAAUCAUACUGCUGCAUGAAUUAUGCAAGUUUUUUGAUCGCUGGAGAUGCUAAUUCUGUACUUCUAUUUUGUGGACCGAGCUUUCCAAGGCAGCUUUGCCCGCCAACAACUGUUUAUAUGUAUAUGAUUUAACAUCGUGUAGAAAUUGAAGGGUGCUUUACUUUAAAUAAGCUCAACUAGUUUAAUUUUAUUAGUUUAUUACCAGUGUAUUCUAUUUAAGGAAUUUGAGCGUUUUUUAGCCCACAGAUGAGAGGAAAAAAGUAACAUGUUCCACUUGUGGACUCUUUGCGUCGGUCUAUCUAUCAAAUCAGUGCUCUGAUACUCCCUUCUUCUU